AUGUUGCGAAAUGCAACGUGGAUGUUGUCAAACUUUUGUCGGGGGAAGCCACAGCCUCAGUUUGAGCAGGUGAAGCCUGCCCUCCUUGCUCUUGAUCAUCUGAUACACACAAAUGAUGAAGAAGUCCUUACCGAUGCACGUUGGGCGCUGUCAUAUCCAUCUGACGGGACAAAUGACAAAAUCCAAGCUAUUAGCCGGGCUGGCGUUUGCUCUCGCUUGGUUGAGCUUUUACUACAUCCUCCACCAUUUGUGUUUAUUCCUGCCCGGCGCACUGUUUGUAAUAUUGUGAAUGGAGAUGACAUCCAGACUUAG